GUAGAAUCAAAUUUUAAACGCAGAUUUCUAUACUUAGCUUAGUAAAGACGUCUGUAUAGUCUUGUGCGUUUGAGAUUUUACAAAAAUAUAAAUUCAGUAUUUCUAUAAAAGUAUCAACCAUGUUUCAAUGUUUGACCUUUGAGAAAAUUUGAGAUUUUUUUAAAACGCUUUAUGAUUAUAUAAAAUAUUUAAAUUCUUAAAUUGUUCAUUCGUAUUGUAGUUGUGGAGUUAGAUUAUGAUCACUGGUUUCUUAACUUUUGACUGUCAUUGUGAUGAAUGCAAAAUUCUAUCGGCUAGGAGUAAAUGUCGCUGUAACACAUUCAAGACUGAAGUCAACAAUCUAUGCACUCUCUUCGGGUCUUGGAAAAUGUGGUGUAGCUGUCAUCAGAGUAUCUGGUCCAUGUGCAUCUGACGCUAUAUUAAAUAUGACCCAUUUAAAAUAUUUACCAAAACCUAGAAAAGCUUGUUUGAACAAAAUUAUAGAUCCAACUACUAAAGAACAAUUAGACAAUGGAUUAUUACUAUGGUUUCCAGGCCCUAAAAGUUUCACAGGCGAAGAUUGCUGUGAAUUUCAAGUACAUGGCGGUAGGGCUGUUGUCACUGCAGUGCUUCAUGGUUUAUCUAAACUACCAGAUUUUCGAACCGCCGACCCCGGAGAAUUCACCAAACGUUCGUUUUAUAAUAACAAAAUGGAUUUAACUGAAGUAGAAGGUUUGGCCGAUCUUAUAGAAGCUGAUACUGAGCUUCAAAGAAAGCAAGCACUGAUGCAGUUGGAAGGUUCUUUGAGACAACUCUACAGUUCUUGGAGACAAUAUCUUUUAGAAAAUUUAGCCUAUGUCGAAGCUUAUAUAGAUUUCAGUGAAACAGAUAAUAUUGAAGAAUUGAUAUUAGCGAAUGUUAAAGAAAAUCUAGAAAAACUUGCUAAAGAGAUUGAAAACCACUUAAUGGACAACAGGUCAGGUGAACUUUUACGUGAUGGAGUCAAAGUGGCAAUAAUCGGAGCACCAAACACUGGAAAGAGUAGCCUCUUGAAUUCAUUUUGUAGUAGAGAAGCGGCUAUAGUAACAGAGUUGCCUGGUACUACUAGAGAUCCAAUUCAGAUUCCACUAGAAGUGUCUGGUUACUCUGUACUUUUGAUUGACACUGCUGGGAUUCGUUCACAAACUGUAGAUUUGAUUGAAGACUUGGGAAUAAAGAAAUCUAAAGUCCAGGCUCAAAGUGCCGACAUGAUGAUUUUGGUAGUUGAUGCUCAAUAUCUCCUUGAUGUAGACAAUAUGGAUUUGUGGCUUCAAAAACAUGUAGACGAUUUGAAAGUUAGAUGUGAUAAAUGUCUAGUAUAUGUGAAUAAAAUUGACCUUGUGUCAGACGACCAAGUUAUUAGACUUAAAAAAAUAUCACUAAAUUCUAAUUGGACUGUAUGUUUUGGUUCAUGUAAAGUGAAUGAAGGUUUGGUGGAUAUGAUGAGAACGUUUGAAUAUUGUUUGCAAAAGUUAUGUGGAAAUCCGAAUUUUGAACAUCCUCGAUGUAGUCAAGCAAGACAUAGAUAUUGUCUCUUAAAAGCAUUAAAUAAUGUCCAGACGUAUCUUGAAAUUUCCAAGUCCGACGACAAUAUUGAUGUUGCUGCACAGCAUUUACGUAAGGCAUCAUUUCAUGUAGGUAAAAUUACAGGACACGUAUCAACUGAAGAAGUACUCAACAUAAUAUUUUCAAAAUUUUGUAUUGGUAAAUAAUAAUAUAAUAAUUGAUUAAUGUAUUAAUGUAUUUUCUAUAUUACAGUUUUAGCUUAGACAUUUUUAUCUUCAGUAUCAAUUUAUAUAUAAGUAUGUUCUUAUUAUUAGUAUAAAUCUAUACUUGUGAUCUGUUAAUACAACGGCAAUAAUUACUAAUUAAGAACUUUGCUAUAUUGUUGGUGGUACAGUUAAGUUAUCCACUCAAAUAUUAGAAUCUGAUAAUUGUCCUUACAAACAUAAUAUAAUUGAAAUAUUAUUUAAAUCUUGCGAUUMGUCAAAUAAUUUCAGCCGUCAACAUUUAAGAUGAGUUGCAUUGCCAGAAGUUAUUAAAGAAAUAAGAGGAAGGAUAUUAAACAAAUGUGAUGUUUAGACUAAGGCAUGCAUAACAUAUUACAAGCCAAGAUCUAUAUUCACCAUAUCUUAUACUAAACUAGGAUAAAGUACCAUUUCCUAUUAGAUAACUCUCAAAUUAACAAACUUUAGUUUUAACUAAUAGUCAUUUAAGAAAUGGAUUUUAUUGUAAAUUUUAAUGACAUAAUUUAACCUUAUUGUAAUAUUUGAUAUCUCAUUGGAUAUAAUUAUGUGUCAUACAUGUUUGAAAUUUUAAAAUUAGAAUCACCCUGCUAAUAUUGAAACUUAAGAGUAACAACUUAUGUAGCAUAAUUGCAUAAUAUGUAUGAAUAAAACUAAAGUAAAGAUAUUUUACUACCUGUUGCAACACACAAACAUUAGAAUUAAAAACUAGAUUAAGAAUAUUUUUAUGUGAUUUGUAACAAAAUAUAUCAUUAUUUAUCAUAUUUUUUUUUGGAACCCAAAGGUUAUCAGUGCCGUAGCUAGGCACUGGCAAUAAGAGAGCAUUUGUCAGGGUUGCUAUACUGCUAUUUCAUUGAGUACACUGCCACUCAAUGAAAUAGCAAAUAUUUUAAAUAUUUAAAUAUUCAAAUACUCUCUUUCAGGCAGUGUUAACUCAAGUAUUAUAAUUUACAAAAAAAUAAAAAUAAAAAUGAAGAGAAAGAGCGUUUAUUAUUUUUAAAUAAUGCGCAUUUUAUAGAAGUGGAAAAUUUGGACGAGGGGGCGCAAAUUUAGUUUUCUGCCAGAAGCGCGCUUCAGCUUUUCAGGCACUUGCUUACGUUCCUGAAGGUUAUAUAGGUACCUAAUAAAUGAAAAAUAUAUCAUAGAUGGUGAAUUAAUGAAAAAGUGUUACAUAGGUAUCAGGGUUUAUUAUAGGUACCUAAUAAAUGAAAAAUAUCAUAGAUGGUGAAUUUAUGAAAAAGUGUUACAUAGGUAUCAGCCAUCAGGGUUUACUUUAGAUACGAUUGAUAUGUGCGACGGCACAGAUGCGCCAAAAUGAAGGUAGCGCACCGUUACCUGUUUUAUGUUUAAAAAGAGAACGAAAAGCUCCGAAAUUAUACUUGCACUAUGGGUACUGAAAAAGCUAGAGUUGGCCCUGAUAGGUAUUAUUAUAGUGGAAUUUAAGGAUCCUGUAUAUAACCUAAUGAUUAGGUAGGUCCUAAUCUAUUCACCUGUGCAAGACACUGAGAAGUCGAAAAUGAAUUUACUUGUUACUCUAACGGUAUAGUUAUGUAUGCCUGACGAUUCUUUAGAUUUCGGAGUAGUUUGUUAUAAAUAGAAUACAAAAGUAGUGAGGCUUAUAUUAUUAAAGCUACCUAUAUUAUAAGGUACACAUCAUAAAAAACUGAGGGAAUUGUUAAAUAUUAUUUCUACCCCCUUUCUUCUCACCACACACUAACACUAAGUGGUUACGUCGAUGCUGAAAAAAAUACACAUAUAAAUAAAAUAAUAAACUAUUGAUACGAUUCGAUCUCGUCUGCCAUCUGCUUUAAUUAUUUAUAUACACGAUCUGAUUUAAAUCAAUAACACAAUAAGUAAUCAUAACAAUUAAAAAUAUAAUAUGAGAUUUAUAGGUCGACGAUGUUUGGCGUGGUUCGUCGUUCAUCGAUGCUAAUAACGUAGAGGAAGUCGAGUACUCAAGUGCAGCGUGUAUAUACAAAGACUCCGGUUUCACGAGUUGCUGAACGUGACAAAUAGUUACAUUAUAUAUUUAUAUAAUUGUUUAUUACAGAUAUUAAGAACGAGUUGCCACUUUUCAUUAAAAAUAUCUAUUCUAAAAAGUGUCGUUGGAGCACGCGGAGCGCAGUAAAGCUUGUCGCUGGCGUUGAAAACCCCGAAAAUCAAAGUGUCAUCGUCACGGUGAUAGAUACAAUCAUUGAUUAUAAAUACUAGUAUUUAUAAUCAAUUAUACCUAAAAUGUAGGAAUAAUUAAUAAUAAUGUAUAAUAUCGACGCGGCCCGGUAUUUUUCAUUUAGCCGCAACAAAUAUUGUAACGAUGUGAGUAUAAUAAAAUAAUGUUUUCGUCCAUUUCCAGUAGUCGACAUUUGGCGUUUUCUUUUUUUUUAAUAUCAUACAAUUACACGAAGAUGGUUAUAAUAUUGUUAUUAUUAUUGCUAUUGACAGGUUUAACACAUUUUGCAUUGGGCGCGUCGAUGGGUAUAUAU